AUGGUGACCUGCGACGGCAAGCCGCGGGCGUGGCUGCCUACGGUGGAAGGCGACGGCGGCGGCGGCGGCGGCGACGGCGGUAGCUGCUGUGGUGGUGGCAGCUGCAGGGGUGGUGGCAGCGGCUGGGGCAGCUCCAGUAGUGGUGGCGGCGGCGGUGGACGCGUCGUCGGCAACAAUGGAGGAUGUUGCAAUGGCAGCAUGGUGGGUGCGGACACGGCUAUGUCCCACCCCAAGUCUAUCCACAAGUGCCGACCCAGCCCCUUCCGCCACAAGCCGCACAAGCGCCAAUGUACUUCGCCGGGCAGCCAUCGACCGCAGCAGCGCAUCCGGCCCCUCACGUGCAACUGCAAGCUCAACCGGUUGCUGCCCAAGUACAUCCUCAACCGCCUGGCCAAGUGCCACAUACAAUGGCAGAAGGGGCUUCGGCUCUGCAGGCGCAGCUCCAAGCUUUCCUUCAACAGCUCAGCCAACCCCACAACAUUUCAACUGGUCUACUCGAGGGCGAACUCACAAGAAAAAUUGCCAACAAGGAGCCGCAAACGCUUGAGCACCUACUUCACAUCAUUGACGGGUUCGCAAGGGGCAAGGAGGAUUGCAAGCGACGGCAAGCAAUACAAGCCGAGUACGAUAAGGCCUCCGUCGCCGCUGCUCAAGCCCAACAACAAGUUCAAGUUGCCGAACCACCUCCUCUCGUGGUUCGCCAGCCCCAGCCGGCGAUCUAAGGACAACUGCCAAGGCAAGGUCAAGCCCCCAUGA